AUGGCCAUCAUCACGCCCAUGCACCAGGGGGAAUUCGCCGCGGUCGAGAAUCGCGGUGCCAUGUGGGCUUGCGGUUAUACCUUUGCCGGCAUUAAUUUCAUCCCCGAAUCACCACGUUGGCUACUGAGUCACGACCAAGACGAGACAUCAUUGAACGUUCUGAAGCGUAUCCACGCUCAGGCGGGCGACCCUGACCACAUCAAAGCCAAGGAGGCGUGCCACCUCUUGGUGAAGCAGCACAAGGCUAACAAACAAGUCUCUUUGAACCGAAGCUUCGAAAUUCUACGUACCAAGGCCAAUCGAUAUCGCUCCCUGGUCUCCAUGUUGCUCAUAUUCUUCGAUCAAAUGCAGGUUGUCUACGUCUUGGUCAGUUACGGCGUGCUGAUAUAUGGCUCGCUUGGACUGAGUGGCAAGAUACCGCAUUUCCUCAACGCGUGCUGGACCACGUAUGCCAUCGUCGGCAAUACCAUCACCGUAUUCAUUGUCGAUCGCUUUGGGCGCCGGCGGCAAUUGCUGAUUGGUACCAUGGGCUGUCUCACCAGUCUGAUCUUCGAGGCGGCACUCACAGCAACUUACCUUGGCACAAACAACAAAGCCGGCCUGCACGCCUGUGUAUUCUUUGUGUGGCUGAUGCUACGCAAUUCGUCUACGUGUCUGAAAUUUGGCCAAACCACCUCCGGUCUCAGGGGACUGCACUGGGGCUGGCGAAUCUCUUCUUGGCCGAUGAAAUCACGCUGGUCGCCGCUCCCGUGCUAUCCCAUUGCGGCUGGAAAUCCUGGUCGUCUUGUCGCUAUUGGUCUGGUCUUCGGUCCCUCCGUCACGCAGCUUCCUAGUAAAGUCCUUUUGAGAGCCGAUGCUAUAAAGUCAGAUCACCUAAACGCUCUAUAG